AACUAUCAAUCAGCCCCAAUAAAACGUGAAAAAACGUAGCAAACACACCGUUUCAAUAACACCAUGCAAGUUUAAUCACGAAUUGUCCCACAAACGUGGAUACUUAUUGUUAAUUUCGUCCCGGAUUUUGUUAAUUCGCCUUCAUACUUCCGUUCCGUGCCGUUGGCACCUCUGUGUCUUCGUUGGAAAAGCGUCAAAAGCGACUUGAUUUCAAAAUAACGAGUUAUUUUAGCGUCCUCCUGUGCUUUAUUCGGUGUUUUCACAAGUGAAAAGCUUAGGAAAAUGUUUUUCGAUUUGAUUUUAUUAAACCGCCAACACCGAGCGCGCUUUGGUUUGUCCUGGUUGGCCGCAACCAGAGGCAUAAAGUACCUAACGAAGAAAAAUGUCUUGGAGGUGGACUUGGUUAAGUUAGGUGACGAUAUAAUGGAGUUUCUCUGCUCGGACUCCGACAACCCCAAUGCGCGAUUUUCGCUUCGGCUUUCUUCGUUGCUGGUCAAUGGGACGCUGAAAAUUUACAGGCAAAAGGUGGUUUUGUUCAUUGAUGAGGUGGUUAAGGUGCUGUCGACUGUGGAGCCACGGGUGCUUCCACCGGUGGAAGUUACCACAGCUUUGGCAGGAUUUCCAAAACAGCCAACUCCCAUUCCGCGGCAAAAGGGCACAAAACGUCGCCGUUCUGAGGAAAGCACUCCUCAGAGUGAAAUUGAUAAAACUGUGGCCGAAUUGCUCGCCGAUGUUAAAAUUCCAUUACCAGAUAUUGGGCAAGAACUGAGCGUUGUCCAAGCCCGCCUUGAUGAAAUCACUUUAAGGGAAACCCACAUUCCACCACCAUCACAAGAGAUGACGCUUGGGGAAGACUUUGGCCCUUUAGGACCGCCUCCGCCCGAAGAAGAGCAAUUUCUUCGAACCCGCCUUCCGGCUUCACUUCCUGGUGAAGAAGGGGUACAAGUUCGUGAAAUAAGGCGCCGGCAAAGACUACCGUCAAGUACCCCGUCUGAACCCGACUUAGGACCUGUUGUUUUGACUCUGCAGGCCAUGGUUCAUCAGCCUGCAGGUGCUGAAGUGACACCUGGGGCAAGGCCCCACAGUGUUGCUCCCCAACGACUUGAAACAAUCGUAAGGGAGGCGCAAGCUGAGCUUGAAGUGACGCUUCCGAGGCCGCCUCUGAGGGAGCUCUUGGUGGAAGCCGCCGAAGAAAGACACCCGCCACCCGGCCAAAGGAAGGAAAAACCGCCCACAAACAAAUUUGCCCUCUCAACAAAAGCUCCGAAAUUUGUACGAAUCGACCGUCCUGGCGCGGGAGAAUUCAUCGGCUUUCCCGAACCCCGUCAACUACCAAUCAACAAAAAAGAGCCCCAUUUAAAUAACCUUCUAAACCUUUAUCUAGUAACAAAGGAAAAUGAGAUCGACGAUGGUCGAAAACCUACUGAUUCCUUCCAAUCUUCGGAGAAACGAUCAACUGCUAAAACACCACCAUUUAAACUAUCCACAACUGCGCUCCCGAUUCCCCCACUUUCCGAGCAAAUGGUAAUUGCUGAAGAAGUUCCCCAGGUGCUACCAGUGGAAACUGAAGUGGUCUCGCCUGGGUCAAUGAUACCGGGCGUUGCAAGGCCUCCGACACUCGAAAAAGAACGAAGCGUCGAACAAGUGCGAGCUGUCGACGAACUUUUGGAAUCGCCGCGAAAACGUCGCAGACUCGCUGACGUGGAGCCCUCGCUUGUUAAAGACCUCGACUAUAUAACUUUGCCGAGCGAAUUUCAAUCUCGUGAAUUGACCGGUUCGGUUCUAACGCUUGAACAAGCCGUUGUUGAUUCGGUUCAGUUGUGGGAUACAACCGUCGAAGCUCGCCACCAAGAAAUCGUGAACAAAAUUUUGGUCAGCGGACGAUUGACCCUUGAAGAUUUAUGUCUAAAGCCCGUCAGUCGCUUGAACAUCGCGCGUGCUUUUGGCGAUGUUCUUGUUUUGUCGAGACACGGGUAUGUUAUGCUAGCAACUGAGGAAAUGACAACGGAGCUGAAAUUCGUAGAAAGGGGGCCGAAGAUGGGCCACUUGAUUUAAACAUAAACUGUGUUUGUUAAUGAAAUAAUAAAAUUAAAAUUUGAAGAUUUUUA